AUGGAUGACAAGCUCUGCAUCGCCCCGGCUUCCGGAAUGACGUCCAGCCAAAUUGACGUCGUAGUCAUACGGCCUGUGUCAGAGGCAGACAUCUCCAGAGUACAGGCUAUUGAGUCGGAAGCAUUUACCCACCAGGAACGUGUAGUUUCUGACCGCAUUGCAGAUUCAAGAAGAAGAAUUGGUGGUCCAUGGUUCGUGCCAACAUUUGUGGACACGGCUGUUUUGAGCACACGCACCAACGACAUGAUCACCGGGUACGUUGCUUGGAGUUAUGAGCCUUUCGCUGCAUGCGAAAAAUGUAUCCAUGUCAUGAAUCUCGCUGUUGCUACAGAAUUUCGCAGACUUGGCAUUGCGACUCGGCUGCUUCACCACGUCCGAGAGCUCAGUUGGCAAAAGUUCCCGAGAGCUCUUUGCAUGAGACUGAUUGUCAGAUCUGACAACGCCGCUGCACAGGCGUUGUAUCAACAGUUCGGGUUUCAGCAGACCGAAGUCCAUCCCAAGUACUACGACCAGGUUGAUGGGAUUGAGUUGCAGCUACAUCUUGAUGGACCAGCUCCACUUUCCACCCAGCAUCCAGCUCGAACUCAGCCUUCUGAGCAUGGGAACAAGCGCGUGAGACGAAGUAAGGAGCGGGGCCUGGCGCCACGCUUCCAGGAGAAAUCGCUAGCACAAGACCCAGCGGCCCUCAACGAAUUCCAAGCACGGGCUCUAUCCGACAUGCGGCGGCAAAUUCAGCCUUCUGCAUCUUCCACAGAAGACAAAGAGCUUCUGCGGUUUCUGGUUGCAAGGAAAUGGCAAGUGGAUGCGGCCGUGGACCAGUUUCAGGCCAUGCUUAAAUGGCGAAGAGAUCAUCAUGUAGAUCGGGUUCGUGGCAAUGCUUUAGGGCCCUUUGGGCCAGAGGCGGCUUCAAAAGCUGCACAGGACGGUCGGCUUGGCCGACAAGGUGUUGAGAUGUUUCCGCAGCUCAGGCUGGUGGAGCCGACGCUGGACGAAGGCGCUCUCCUCUUCUACGGCCAGACACUAGCCUUUGGCUUCGACAAGAAGGGCCAGCCCGUCCAAAUCCAGAACGGUGGACUCGCAGGCUGGCGCUUUUCUGAGAUGCUGCGCCUCAUUGGCGGAAGCGAGAAGGUCUUGGCCAGCCUGGUCCGCAUGCACGAGUUACAGGCAGCACGCAUGGAAGAGGCAUCGAGAAGGCAUGGGCACCCAAUCACAAAGCAGGUCGUGAUUACGAACGCUGAUGGAAUGCCGCUUCGCCCACACCCACUGGCCGUGGCUGCUUUCAAGGAUUUUCUGGUCGUAAGCUCUCGCUACUAUCCGGAAUCCUUGGCAGUUCUGUUUGUAGUCAAUGCUCCUCCGGUAUUCGUCGCGCUCUACCGGCUGAUCAAGACCUGGCUGGACCCAGUGACGGCGUCGAAGAUCCAGGUUCUUGGAAGAAACUUUCAACCGGUGCUACUUGAGCACAUUGAUGCAGACCAGCUUCCUCGCAAUUACGGUGGCACCGUGGAUUUCGACAUUCUGGGCGACACCUGGAGCGAGCAGGACUGCGAUCGGUGCAUCGCCACAUGCAGACAGGCACUCCAACAAAACGUGCGUGAGCGCCGGCCUGCGGAAGCAAGUAAAUGUCGUGCGGGUUCCGACAAACCUUGGCCUCGGAUUCAGCAGCUGUUCGUGGUCAGCAUGGUUCUCCUGAUUGCCUUGUACGGCCUGCCGUAA